UCAAGCAUGAGAGGUCUGAACGAGAGCCACAACACAGCAGAGACAUCCAGACUGUAGCAGCAGUUGGAGUGACGCCCCCUGUAGACACUGAGGGCCUUACCACUGCCGUGCCCCAGCCCAGGACCCGAUGCAGCAUCACGGAGGUCAGUGGAACGCCGAACGCCGUCCUCAAGUCAGAGACCGACACAGAGACUUUAACUGUAACACAAAGGCUCUUACACACAGGAUCUGACCACAGAUCAGACCCAGAGAGACUGGGGCCACUGGGCUGUCCUGCUCCCGGCUCAGAGUAUUUACUUCACGGUAACUCGAGCAUGAGGAUGGUUCAUUCCCAUCCGGACUCAGGCAAUGUGUUAGAGACUGAUAAUGAUCCAUCUUGUUCUUACACUACAGAGAUGGACCCUGGCAACAUAUCCUUGGGUUUAGAGACACAGACUGAUCUGUCUACAGGGGACUGGAACCGGUACAGUAAUAGUGUAUUUUCUGAAGGGUGCCUAGAUAAAAAAGGGGAGGGUCUGGUCAUAGAUGAAUUGACUGUGAAAGUGGAGGGCGACAUUCCUCCCACAUGUAAUGCAGAUAGUCACCUAGGAGACAAAAACUCACAGGGGAGAGGUUUCAUAGAUUACAGAGAAAGCUUAGAGACAAAUCCAAAUGUCACAACCCACUCCCCUUUACCUGCGUUCAGGGAUCACAACCCAGUGUCCACGUCGAUGGUGGCAUUCUGAUUCACACAGCCGCAUCCUUUUCGAUCAGGUAUUGAACUCAAACGACAGGGCUAGAGCUCAGGCUCAGGGAGGGGAAGCCACAUCAGGCAGUAGUAAAGAGAAACGGUUCCUCUGCAUAUUCUGUAACAAAGGCUUCAGCUGCCCCCAGACAGUGGAGAUCCACCAGAGGGUCCACACAGGGGAGAAACCUUACAGCUGUACCCAGUGUCCCAUGCGCUUCACACAGGCUGGUGACCUGAAGAGGCACCACAGGGUCCACACAGGGGAGAAACCCUACAGCUGCCCGCAGUGUCACAUCCACUUCACCCAGGCUAGCAGCCUGAAGAGGCACCUGAAGGUCCACACAGGAGAAAGGCUGUUCACCUGUACACACUGCGGGAAGAGGUUCUCAGAGAGGGGCAUCCUCAGGAUACACCAGCAGAAAAACCAUUCCACAAAAUAAACCAUUCCAAUGUAUAGUUUAAGUUUCGAUCAAACCCUGCAUUAAAGACAAAGAUGUAUUGUCCGCAGAAAAUAUCCACUGAUGUAUUUGGAAGAAUGAGAGUAACAGAUUUCAGUGUUGAAUAUUCCUGAAUAGAAUAUUGCAUCCAGACAUUGUGUGAUAUGAGCCUAAAAAGUCUGUAACAUAUUGUGUUUGUACUUUGUAGGCUAUAUGAUGUUCAAAUGCCCAUUUCAUUACUUCCAUUCAACUACUUUUAAAAAAAGUAAUUAAUUAGAAAAAUGUAUGCAGUUUAUCAACUUCAUGCAGAUAUUUUGUUGAGGGUUUUGGUUUUCAUAUGGUGUAUUUAAACGUUGUUUAUAUUUAGUAAACACAAAAUGGGUAUUUUCAUU